CGGAAAACACAGUAGCUGAAGCCGCACGUAGACUUUUUCCUCUUUGCCUGCCCCCCACCCGCUUCCCCCUCCCUAGACCUCGCUGGGCUUUGACGUCAUGUGUGCUCCUUUCGGUUGCCAUAGCAACCCCAUUCCCCAAGCCCUCUGUCCGUCUCCUCUGGUAGGUUCCACAAUGGUACUGGCAGCAUCACGCUGCACAAUGGUUUCCAGGCAGUGAAAGAGGGUGAUUCAGCAAGCCACUCUUCUUCUUUUUUUAAAGCCUCCCUUUUCUUUUUAUUUUUAUGGAGGUGGGUGGUGCUUGUUUUACACUUACCCUUUUCUUUUCCUUUUUGCCUUUUACAAUUUUUCUUUUUUCUCCUCACCCCUCAAUUCCUAGGGGCUUUGAGUGACUUUAAGACUAGGUUUUCUUGGAAAUCACCUGCCCAUCAUUCAUUUUAAACAAUUUCUCUAUCUCCAAAGAUUCUGUUCCUUAUUGCAGUUUGGAAUGUGGUAACGAAAAACAAGUAGGGAGGAUUUCUGGGGCAAACACUGCUGGAUGAGGAUCGUAGUUCUCAAGCACGGAAUGGCUAGUGUGAGAAACACCAGUGGUAGGACCAGCUCAGAUCUUCAGUAUGGCAACGCAUGCAAGAAGCUGUUGAAUUAGACCCAUUUCCUAUAGAUGAGAAACCAUAUAAGCAGUGGUAUUUAUGAGCCUCCAUUUAUUGUACUACUGCAGUGAACCAAUCUUGGAUGUGAAAAUUGCCUUUUGUCAGGUGUGUGUUCCUUACAGGUAAAACAAGGGAUUUGAUAAACAAGUGGAUGUGUCAUAUAUUGCCAAACAUUACAACAUGAGCAAAAGCAAAGUUGACAACCAAUUCUACAGUGUGGAAGUGGGAGACUCAACCUUCACAGUUCUCAAGCGCUACCAGAAUCUAAAGCCUAUUGGCUCUGGGGCUCAGGGAAUAGUUUGUGCUGCGUAUGAUGCUGUCCUGGACAGAAAUGUGGCCAUUAAGAAGCUCAGCAGACCCUUUCAGAACCAAACGCAUGCCAAGAGAGCUUACCGGGAGUUGGUCCUCAUGAAGUGUGUGAACCAUAAAAACAUUAUUAGUUUGUUAAAUGUCUUCACACCCCAGAAAACACUGGAGGAGUUCCAAGAUGUUUAUUUAGUAAUGGAACUGAUGGAUGCCAACUUGUGUCAGGUGAUUCAGAUGGAAUUAGACCAUGAGCGAAUGUCUUACCUGCUAUACCAAAUGUUGUGUGGCAUCAAGCACCUUCACUCUGCUGGAAUUAUUCACAGGGAUUUAAAACCAAGCAACAUUGUAGUCAAGUCUGAUUGUACACUGAAGAUCCUUGACUUCGGUCUGGCGAGGACGGCAGGCACAAGCUUCAUGAUGACUCCUUACGUGGUGACACGCUACUAUAGAGCCCCUGAGGUCAUCCUGGGCAUGGGCUACAAGGAGAAUGUGGAUAUAUGGUCUGUGGGAUGCAUUAUGGGAGAAAUGGUUCGCCACAAAAUCCUCUUUCCAGGAAGGGACUAUAUUGACCAGUGGAACAAGGUGAUUGAACAACUAGGAACGCCAUGUCCAGAAUUCAUGAAGAAAUUGCAACCUACUGUAAGAAACUAUGUGGAGAAUCGGCCCAAGUAUGCAGGACUCACUUUCCCCAAGCUCUUCCCAGAUUCCCUCUUCCCAGCGGACUCUGAGCACAAUAAACUCAAAGCCAGCCAAGCCAGAGACUUGUUGUCAAAGAUGCUAGUGAUUGACCCAGCAAAAAGGAUAUCAGUGGAUGACGCCUUACAGCAUCCUUACAUCAAUGUCUGGUAUGACCCUGCCGAAGUGGAGGCGCCUCCACCUCAGAUAUAUGACAAACAGUUGGAUGAACGAGAACACACCAUUGAAGAAUGGAAAGAACUUAUCUACAAAGAAGUAAUGAAUUCAGAAGAAAAGACUAAAAAUGGUGUAGUAAAAGGACAACCUUCUCCUUCAGGUGCAGCAGUGAACAGCAGUGAGAGUCUCCCUCCAUCCUCGUCAGUCAACGACAUCUCCUCCAUGUCCACCGACCAGACCCUGGCAUCCGACACUGACAGCAGCUUGGAAGCCUCGGCAGGCCCCCUGGGUUGUUGCAGGUGACUAGCCGCCUGCCUGCGAAACCCAGCGUUCUUCAGGAGAUGAUGUGAUGGAACACACACGCAGACAUGCACGCACACACACACAGACACACGGUGACAAGAAAACCUCAAGGGAGAAAAGUCUAAGUCUAAAAUUAAAACAAAUCUUUCAGCCUGCUUCUUCUCCAGAGUUCUGUAUUGCAGCUCAGCCAAAUGUGUAUUUAACUUCUAGUUGCACUUGCUUUGAUCUUCUUCCAACGAUGCUUACACAGAAAGUAAAUCAAUCAAACCCAAUUAGAGAAGCCUUUUCCAUAAAGUGUAAUUUUAAUGGCUGCAAAACCAGCAACCUGUAAUUGCCCUUCCAAAUGGCAUGACAAGGUGUGCAGUGGCCCCAUCAGCAUGUGUGUGUCUCUAUCUUGCAUCUACCUGCUCCUUAUGGCCUAGUCAGAUGGAUGUAGAUACAGAUCCGCAUGUGUCUGUAUUUAUACAGCACUACUUACUUAGAGAUGCUACUGUCAGUGUCCUCAGGGCUCAGCCAAGACAUCAUGCACUGGGGUACCACAUGGUUCAUUUCAUGUGAUCUAUUACUCUGACAUAAACCCAUCUGUAAUAUAUUGCCAGUAUAUAAGCUGUUUAGUUUGUUAAUUGAUUAAGCUGUAUGUCUUAUAAGAAACAUGUAAGUGGGGGGAUUACGGGGGGAGUGAGCUCUCUCGGACCCUUGAAGAUGUAGCUUCCAAAUUUGAACUGAUUAAAUGGCACCUGUAUACCAAUUUGUAGAAAGAA